GCAGCUUCCAGGAUGGAAUUUCUUCUUUCCGCAAUGGUGAAAAUGUAGGUCAGGGAACAGAAUAUUGUAAAGAAUGUUAACAUGCUAUGGUCUUAUUUUGCGACUUUCGUUAGCUUUGGAAGUUUGAAAAGUCCAUUUUUUUUUAAUGUUUUAUACACUUUCAAUUUUUUACUGAUCACAAGCAUAAUGCAACAUUUGCUAGAAAGGGAGAGAUCUUAAUAAUUAUCUAGUAUGUUUUUGAGUGGCUUUUUUAAACAAUUAUUUUGAGCUUUUGCUUCCAGUGAAUGUGAUUCUGCAUACUAUUUCCUAUUCUUUUGUUGUAAUAUUUCCAUCAUUGUAUUUUUUGUUAUACAUCUCCCGGUAUUUGCUUGUUUUCUUUAUAUUAUUUAAAUCAGCGGGUGAAGGUUUACCGUCUCAAUAAUGAUGGUAAAUGGGAUGACCGAGGAACAGGACAUGUCACCGUUGAUUAUUUGGAGAGAUCUGAGGAGCCGGGUUUGUUUGUUGUUGACGAAGAAGACAAUCAGACAUUACUCUUGCAUCGUAUCAGCCCAGAUGAUAUUUAUAGAAAACAAGAAGACAACAUUAUAUCCUGGAGAGACCCGGAUCUUAAUGCAGAAUUAGCACUUAGUUUCCAAGAGACUUCAUGGUGCUCUUACAUAUGGGAUUAUAUCUUUAAUAUGCAAAGAAAUCUGCAGUUCAACUAUAAUGGUGAUACAUUUCAGAGCAUGACUAGAGAGCUUAGAGAUUUGCCUGCUGUUGAGCUUUCAACUCUUCCUUUAAUACUCAAGACUGUGACUGAGAGUGGCCUUACAGAUCAGAUGCGAUUGACAGAACUUAUACUAAACGAUCAAGAAUUUUUCCACAAACUGAUGGACCUAUUUAAAAUUUGUGAAGACUUGGAGAACAAUGACAGUCUUCGCAUGAUAUUCAAAAUAGUCAAGGGGAUCAUACUGCUCAAUAGUACUCAGAUUUUUGAGAAGAUAUUUGGGGAUGACUUAAUAAUGGAUAUUAUUGGUUCCCUUGAGUAUGAUCCUGAUGUUCCUCAUGUUCACAAUUACCGAAAAUUUCUGAAAGAGCAUGUUGUCUUUAAGGAGGCUAUUCCAAUUAAAAAUCCCAUGGUUCUGUCAAAGAUACACCAGACUUAUAGAGUUGGCUAUUUAAAGGAUGUUGUUUUGGCUAGAGUUCUGGAUGAAUCCACAGCUGCAACUCUCAAUUCAGUGAUUCAUUCAAAUAAUGCUCAUGUUGUGUCCUUGUUGAAAGACGACAGUACCUUUAUUCAGGAGUUGUUUGCUAGGUUGAAAUCAUCCACCAUAUCUCCAGAAUCAAAGAAAGAAUUGGUACAUUUCCUGCACGAAUUCUGUAGUUUAAUCAAGAGCCUACAGAUGGUACAGCAGCUACGGCUAGUUCGGGAUCUCAUCACUGAAGGCAUUUUGGAUAUUAUCAUUGAUAUCCUGCAGAGUCAAGAUAAAAAACUUGUGCUUACCGGGACAGACAUCCUCAUGUUGUUCCUAAAUCAAGAUCCAAGCCUUCUGCGUUCCUAUGUUGUUCAGCCGGAAGGCAUCCCUCUACUAGGACUCCUGGUUAAAGGAAUGAUAACAGAUUUUGGGGAGGAUAUGCACUGCCAAUUUCUGGAAAUCCUUCGCAUCUUACUGGAUUCAUACACAUUAUCAGGAGCUCAGAGAGAUACCAUUAUUGACAUUUUCUAUGAGAAUCAUUUUGGUCAGCUCAUAGAUGUUAUUACAGUAUCAUGUUUGUCAGACGAUGUUGGCUGGUCAAAUAAAUCUGUGGGCAGUGCGGGAAGGGUUGAAAGUCAAAAUAGUGCAAAACCUGAAAUACUGUCAAACAUAUGUGAAUUGCUGUGCUUUUGUGUUCUACACCAUCCUUACAGAAUAAAGUGUAAUUUUCUCCUUGGCAAUGUCAUAGACAAAGUUUUAUUGCUGACACAGAGAAGGGAAAAAUACCUUGUAGUUGCUGCUGUUCGUUUUGUCCGCACUAUUCUCUCUCGCCAUGAUGAGCACUUGAUGAACCAUUGUGUUAAGAACAACCUUCUCAAACCAAUCAUAGAUGCAUUCAUUGCAAAUGGGGACCGGUAUAAUUUGCUUAACUCUGCAGUUUUAGAACUUCUGGAAUAUAUCCGCAAGGAAAACCUCAAAUCAUUGCUUAAAUAUAUAAUUGAUUCAUUUUGGAAUCAGUUGGUUAAUUUUGAAAAUUUGGCUUCUAUUCAAGCACUAAAAGUUAAAUAUGAGCAGUUGUCAGAAAAUUGUGGAACAACAACUAAUGCUAAUGCUGUGGAUCCAAGAAAUAAACUUGAUGAGCGUGGACUGGAUAAAGAAGAGGAAGACUAUUUCAAUGAGGACAGUGAUGAAGAAGAUACAGCUUCUGCAUCACAUCCCAAGAAAGUACAAUCUCAGCCUGUUUUAUCCAAUGGAGUUGCUGCAAGCCACGCAUCGUUAAGCCCAAGAUCUGGUGGACUUGUUGAUUAUGAAGAUGAUGAUGAUGAUGAGGACUACAGACCACCUCCUAGGAAACCAACAGAAUCCUCAAAGGAAGAUGAAGGAACAAUGGAGUCGCUGAGGUUGAAGCAUAAGUUGGCUUCCAAGGACAAGGAGCCUGAGCUUGCUAAGAAGCAGCGAUUGGGCAAAAGCCCUAAAUCAAAGGACGGUGUCUUUGCUGCCUUGUGUUCAACACUAAGCCAGGCAGUGAUUCCCAGUAAGAAAACCACAAACACCAUUUUUGUAGCUUCUUGCGCGUCCCAUGGGAAUAGGGGCCCUGUAGAGGAAAAUCAUCAGGAUCGAGAAUCUGGCAGUCCCAGAAUUAGUUCUGAUAACAACACAAGUUCAGAUGAUGAGAAGCAUAGAGGAAAGGAACCUCAUGCUUCAAGAAGCUGUUCAGAUUGCUUGCAUAGCAAUUCUGACAAUAGGCAGCUAGGUGGAGAGGACUGUCCUUUAAUACCACCAAAAUCCUCACCGGAAAUGGCUGUAAAUGGAUCUUGAUUUUUAUUUCAGAGAAUCUUUUAAAGCAGGAUAACUUAUCUUCUUUUUGUUUUAUUCAACUCAAGGAUGUGCUUGGUAGCAAUUCAAUCCUGGCCUUUUCAAGAAACGGUCAACAACAAAGGAAUUGAAUGCAGAGAAUCUGGAUUUGGCUUUCCGUCAUCAGUAGAGUGGAGUAAGGAUACUGUAUAGUGUGCACUCGAGGGUUGGAAGAAAUCCAUAACUUGUAAUGUAGCCCCGGUCAACCAGGCCUUCUUAUGCAUUGAGCCGAGUAGCUGUUGCUUCUGUAAAACAUUCUCUUCUUGUCCAAUUGUUAUCUUCUUUUGAUCUUUUUCUCUCCUUACCUAUUUACCUGUUUUGCCUCAUUUUAGAACUGUGAACUGGAGAAUAUGAUAGAAAGGGCAUGAUUCAAAUAUAAUGUCCCUGCAUAGUGUCCCUCGGUUAUUUCAGUUUUGUGGUGGGUGUGAUUGUGGGUGUUAUAGAGAAGAAAAAAAGUUUAGGAAGUUGGUUUAGGAAAGCCAAAUUUUCUCGACUGUAGCUGAACCCAUAUAUUUAUAGACCCCUGUAAAUUACAAUUUCCUGUUACCCUUCAAUUGCAAUUUCAAUCUUGUCUUUGAGAUACUUGAUUCUAGAUUUUUUUAAUGUAAUAAAUUAGUUCACCUUUU